GGGAAGGAACCUUUGGUGUUUGGAAUUGUGCAGCAAGUUGUGAGCUCGGCAUGUGGCAGCCGAGUGCCAGCCUGGGAGGCAGAAGGAAAGUGAGCCACUGAGGAACAGGAGGUGGAGCUUCCUUUGUUCCAGAGUGACUCAUUAUAAGAGACCUCCGGGGAGCGCGGCGAACAGGAGCAGGCAAACAGCGUCACAGCAGUUUGGUCACAGCAGUUUGCGCAGCAGUUCGCGCAGGCAGGGCAAGCAGGCAGGGUUGCAGGUUCUUGCUAGUUUGGUGAAGUAUUUUUUUUAAUUGGUUGAUUGAUCUUGGGCUUUCUCCUAAGCAAUGGUUCUAACCCGGUCAAAAUCUGUGGUUGGUACAGGUGUAUGUGACCAAGUAAAGCCCUCCAAAAAGGAUGUGUCUGUACAGACCCAUUCCUGCCUGAAGUGUUUGAGCUUAUCAGUGGCUUCAGGGGGUGUUGUGAAGGAGGGCUGCUUACCGUGUGAACAAGUGAAUGACCUCCUCUCGCUAGUGGAUGAGCUUAGGGAGGAAGUUGAAAGAUUAAGGAGUACCAGGGAUAGUGAAAGGGAAAUAGACUGGUGGAGUUCAGCCCUUACAUCUUUAAGGGAGGCCCACCAGGAGUCAGAAGGCUCAUAUGUCUCUCAUUCUCAGGCAAUAGAGGGGCACCUGGUAGAUGAAGGGGAGUGGAAAUGGGUCCCUGCUCGGGGUGGUAAUAACAAAAAUCCCUCCUGCCCCCCAUCCCCUAGCCAGUUGCCACUUCAGAAUAGGUAUGAGGCCCUAGAUCUAGACAGCCAGACAGAUGACUUAGAAGAAAAUUAUCUACCCAGUGAGCCUCCCAAUUAUGACUCGUCUAAAAAAUCGAUUACCACCUCUAAUGUCAAGAAAAAAAGAAGGGUAAUUGUAGUGGGUGAUUCCCUUCUGAGGGGGACAGAGGGCCCCAUAUGUCGACCUGACCCAUCCCACAGGGAGGUCUGCUGCCUCCCUGGGGCCCAGGUACGAAACAUCACUGAGAGACUUCCUAGGCUGAUUCGGUCCUCUGAUUAUUACCCACUGCUGAUACUCCAGGCUGGCAGUGAUGAGAUUGAAAAGAGGAGUGUCAAGGUGAUUAAAAGGGAGUUUAGGGCACUGGGUCAAGUGGUUGAUAGGACAGGUGUACAGGUAGUGUUCUGCUCAGUCCCAUUGGUGGCAGAGAAAAAUAAUGAAAGGAAUAGGAAAACUCAUUUCAUUAACAAAUGGCUCAAGGGUUGGUGCUAUCGGCAAAAUUUUGGAUUCUUUGAUCAUGGAGCAACCUUUAUGGCACCUGCUCUACUGGAAUCAGAUGGGAUACAUCUCUCUGUUAAGGGCAGGAGGUUUUUAGCUCAUGAACUGGCAGACCUUAUUGAGAGGGCUUUAAACUAGGUUUGAAGGGGGAAGGGGAUGCAGCUGGGCUGUCUGGAAGCAGGCCCAAGGGUGGUAAGACUGUGUUAGGGGAGAAAUCAGCAGCCCAGCUGAGAUGCAUGUACACCAAUGCACGCAGCAUGGGUAACAAACAAGAAGAGCUGGAGGCCAUGGUCCAACAGCAGAGCUAUGAUGCAGUUGCCAUCACAGAAACGUGGUGGGAUGACUCACAUAGUUGGAGCACUGCACUGGAUGGCUACAAGCUCUUCAGAAGAGACAGAAAAGGGAGAAGAGGUGGAGGGGUGGCCCUUUAUAUUAGGGGGGGUUUUGGAUGUCACAGGUACUGAGACUAAUGAUGAUGAAGUUGAGUCCCUAUGGGUAAAAAUUAAGGGGAAGGCCACCAAGGCUGACAUUCUCCUGGGAGUCUGCUAUCGUCCACCCAACCAGGAUGAAGAGGUGGACAACUUAUUCUAUAAACAACUGAACAAUGUUUCAGGAUCAUCAGCCCUUGUUCUUGUAGGUGACUUCAACCUACCAGACAUCUGCUGGGAACUUAAUACAGCAGAAAAACAGCAAUCUAGAAAGUUUUUAGAGUGUGUGGAGGAUAACUUUUUGUCACAACUGGUGGGCAAACCCACCAGGGGAGGGACUAUGUUAGACCUACUGUUCACAAAUAGAGAUGGACUGGUAGGUGAUGUGGAGGUUGGAGGCCGCUUGGGGCACAGUGAUCAUGAAAUUAUAGAAUUCUCGAUAAUUGGUGAAAUAAGGAGGAAUAUCAAUAAGAUCUCUACACUGGACUUCCGGAGGGCAGACUUUGGCCUAUUUAAGAGACUUAUUCAGAGAGUUCCUUGGGAAACAGUCCUUGAAAACAAAGGAGUCCAGGAGAGAUGGGUGUGCUUCAAAGCAGAGAUCCUGAGGGCACAAGAACAGACUGUCCCUGUGUGCCGAAAGAUGAGUCGAUGAGGCAAACGUCCAGUCUGGAUGAGCAAUGAGGUUUUGAAGGAACUUAGAAAUAAAAAAAAAGAUGUAUCAUCUUUUUAAGGAGGGACUGAUUUCUCAGGAAGUAUUUAAGGGAGCUGCUAGGGCAUGUAGAAAAAAAAUUAGGGAGGCCAAAGCUCACUUUGAACUUAACUUGGCAACUUCUGUUAAAAAUAAUAAAAAAAGUUUUUACAAAUAUAUUAAUGGUAAAAGGAAGGGUAUAACCAACCUCGGUUCCUUAUUGGAUGGAGCAGGCAAGCUAGUAACUAAAGAUGAGGAAAAGGCGGAAAUGCUUAAUGCUUUCUUCGCCUCAGUCUUUAGUGGUAAGACAGCUUGUCCUCAAGACAACUGUCCUCAGGGGUUGGUAGGUGGUGCCAGGGAUCAGAAUGGUCCUCUUGUUUUCCAAGAGGAGGCAGUCAGAGAACUGCUGGGACACUUGGAUAUUUAUAAAUCAAUGGGAGCAGAUGGGAUCCACCCUAGGGUGAUGAGGGAGCUGGCAGAUGAGCUUGCGAAGCCGCUCUCCAUCAUUUAUCAGGAGUCCUGGCUCACUGGUGAGGUUCCAGAUGAUUGGAAACUGGCCAAUGUGACACCCGUUUACAAAAAAGCAUACUCCUGGAAAAGCUGGCAGCCCAUGGCUUGGACAGGAGCACUCUUCGCUGGGUUAGGAACUGGCUGGAUGGCCGGGCCCAGAGAGUGGUGGUGAAUGGUGUUGCAUCCAGCUGGCGGCCAGUCACCAGUGGUGUCCCUCAGGGCUCUGUGCUGGGACCAGUUCUAUUUAAUAUUUUUAUAGAUGACAUGGAUGAGGGCAUCGAGUCCUUCAUUAGUAAAUUUGCAGAUGACA